GUGGAAUCAACAUUGUGCGCGCCAGCCGUAGAUAAGAAGCGUCUUUCCAAAUCUUUCGACAUUCACACAGUCGCCUGCUAUUUCGCUCUCAAUGCAUCGGCUUCUCUUACCAUGAGUAUAUAUGACGAAAUUGCAGAAAAGAUAGGUGAUGAUGAAUGGGACAAGUGGAAGAAAGAGGUCCUGAACACAAAAGAUGAAAUCGCGCAUUUUGUCGCACACUAUCGGCCAGGAAGCCAAGAUCCAGAGGUAAUCGAUUGGAUGGGAGGUUCGUUCAAUCUUUAUCUGCGAGUUAUGUUCAGCGAUGGGGGCGCGGAUGCCAUGAUUCGUUUUUCAGGGCAGGGACACUCCGUUUCCCGGGACGAAAAGACGCAGAACGAAGUCGAGACGAUCAAAUUCAUCCAUGAAAACACCACGAUCCCAGUUCCACGUCUGCUAGGCUGGGGGUUGACCAAAGACAGCCCUCGCCAGCUUGGUCCAUUCAUCAUCUCCGAGUUUGUGGAGGGAGUCAGUUUAAGUAGCAUUCUGUCUGAUCGUACCGACGUGCAGAAGCUCUGGCUAAACCCAAACAUUGACACGAAAAUUCUGGACACUGUCUACGAGCAGAUCGCUGAUUUCAUGCUUCAACUCUAUCAGUUCAACUUCUCUAGUAUUGGGGCCAUCUCAAAGGACGCUGAAACGGGCAGCUGGUCUGUCAAGAGGAGGCCUCUAACUUACAGUAUGAAUGAAUUGGCGACGUCUACGUUUUACCCAGUCGAUGAAUUCCCAAGCAACCCGUUCAACACUGCAAGCGACUACUUCCAGUCUCUCUCGCAAGCGCACUUAACUCACCUUCGCACUCAACGCAACUUCUGUUCCAGUCCUAAAACUGCUAAAGAGCUAUACGUCUCCUGCAAUCUGUUCGCUCAACUAGUUUCAAAGUACACCGUUAAUGACCGUGGUCCUUUUAAACUUUUCUGCGACGAUUUCCGGUGUCAAAACAUGCUAGUUGAUCCAGAAAACCUCCGCAUCACUGCUGUGCUAGAUCUUGAGUUCACAAAUGCAAUGCCUGAGCAAUACGCAUCAGAGUCACCGUGGUGGUUACUUCUUGUUGGGCCAGAGGCAUAUCUGUUCCGCGGCCGAACUAUAGAAGAGUUCGAGGCUGCUUAUAGGCCUCGCUUGGAGCAGUUUAUCAGAGCGAUGCAGCGAGUUGAAGAAGCAAAAGGUUUAACGAUUGAUAAGACGAGUCUUUCGAGUCUCAUGCUAGAGUCCUGGCAUACGAAAAGAUUUUGGUUUAAUUUUGCUGCGCGGAAAUCGCUUGAUGUUGACGUGCUCUUUAAUAACUGCCUGAAUGAGGAUGGCCACGGGCUCGAGUCGCUAGACGAGGACCUUCAAGCUGGACUGGAUCCAUUUGUCGAAAUGAAAAUGAAGCAGUUGAAGGCAUAUGAUAUAGAUUGCAAGGAGUUACUCAAGUAG